UCUCUACGCAUUUGACCUCUUCUUUGUUUUUAGGAGGUUUGUUCGUUAAACCUCUCAUCCUAUCCAUAUAAAUAUACAUUCUCCUCCGUUAAACCCUCUCGAUUUCAUCGUUCUCUCCUCAACUGUUAACUAUCCCAUUUCUCAUCUUUUCCUCUUUUUCUCCGUUGCCAAUUUCCCCCCCUCUCUUUCUUUCUCUCUUUCAUGCGUCUCUGAGUUCUUUCCAUUUAAUUUUCUUUGAAAGAAUGAAGCUAUCUAAUGGGGAAACCAAUGAUUCUGUCGAGGGGAACCUACCCAAGAAUGGAGCUGAUGAUGGCACAAAUAUAAAAGGGAAAGAUGAAGAAGAGAUUCCGAUAAGAUUGGAUUCGGAAAACAAACCCGAUGAUCAAGGAGAACUGGAACAAUGCUCCGAAAAUGAGAUCAAGGACGGACAAAUAGCAGAUAACGAAGACUCCACUGCCGAAAUACCAGAAAAUAUUCAAAUUCUCUCGCCCGAUACUCACAUGCCUGAGAUAUCGGAUAAUACUGAAAUCUCGCCCCAAAGCAGUCACGUGCAAAAUGAGGAAAAAAUAGCCGUUACAAGCGACGGUCAUCUACAAAUAAUCAAACCUCUGUCUCAACUCCCAAAGCCAGAGGCACCACCAGGGCUGGCACCUUCUCCGACGCCUAAAGAGGACGGAGUUGUUUUAAAUCGGUCGAAAUCGUUAUCGGAGAGUUUAGCAGUCGAUAUGCCGUCGAUCGGGAAAUUCAUUAAAGAGAGAAGCAAUAGCUUAUCCGCGUCGAUUGCGAAUCGAUUAUCAUCUCUGAGAAAUGGCAGCAACAGCCAUGAAGAUGACGAGGAGACUAAAAAUAAGAUGAAGACUGGGGACUCGGAUGUUACGGAAUUCAACAUAUCGGGGCUCAAAGUCAUAGUGAGGCUUAAAAACGAGGACGAAUUUAAGGGACGGAUAAGCUUCUUCUCGAGGUCAAAUUGCAGGGAUUGUACGGCAGUCCGAUCAUUUUUCAGGCAGAAAGGAUUGAAAUUCGUAGAGAUUAACAUCGAUGUGUUCCCUCAGAGAGAACAGGAGCUUAUAGAGAGAACAGGGAGCUCACAGGUUCCCCAAAUUUUCUUCAACGACAAGCUAUUUGGGGGAUUAGUAGCAUUGAAUUCCUUGAGGAACAGUGGAAUUUUCGACCAGAGGUUGAAGGAGAUGCUGGGAAGUAAAUGCUCGGGUGAUGCGCCGGCAGCUCCAGUGUACGGGUUUGAUGAUCCGGAGGAGGAAUCGAUGGACGAGAUGGUGGAGAUCGUAAGGGUUUUGAGACAAAGAUUGCCUAUUCAGGACCGUGUGAUGAAGUUGAAGAUUGUAAAGAAUUGCUUUGCUGGGUCUCAGAUGGUGGAAGUGCUGAUACAACAAUUGGACUGCGGCAGAAAGAAGGCUGUUGAAAUUGGCAAGCGGCUGGCAAGGAAGCACUUUAUCCAUCAUGUCUUUGGGGAUAAUGAUUUUGAAGAUGGAAACCACUUCUAUCGUUUUCUUGAGCACCAACCAUUCAUUCCCAAAUGCUACAACUUUCGAGGAUCUACAAAUGACAGUGAACCCAAGUCAGCAAUAAAGAUUGGCCAAAAGUUAAACAAAAUAAUGUCCGCAAUACUUGAGUUCUAUGCCUCCGAUGACAGGUUUCAUGUUGAUUACGCUAGCAUUAGCAGAAGUGAGGAAUUCAGAAGAUAUGUAAAUUUGGUUGAAGAUCUUCACAGGGUGGAUCUACUGGAACUCUCAACAGAUGAGAAACUGAGCUUCUUUCUGAACCUGUAUAAUGCCAUGGCCAUCCAUGCUGUAAUUAGAUUGGGUUGCCCUGAAGGCGUAAUUGAUAGAAGUUCCUUCAAUUCAGACUUCCAAUACAUUGUAGGAGGUUCUGCUUACUCGCUCAAUACCAUAAAGAAUGGAAUUCUCAGAAACAAUCGAAGAUCUCCUUACUCAUUGGUCAAGCCGUUAGGUGCUGGAGACAAACGGCUGCAGAUGGCUCUUCCUAAAGUGAAUCCAUUAAUCCAUUUUGGUCUCUGCAAUGGGACAAGGUCAAGUCCCACAGUAAGGUUUUUCACAGCCCAAGGAGUUGAAGCUGAAUUAAAAUACGCUGCAAGGGAGUUCUUCCAAAGAAGUGGAAUGGAAGUUGACUUGGAAAAGAGGACAGUCCAUCUCACACGGAUAAUCAAGUGGUUCAGCGUAGAUUUUGGACAAGAGAGAGAAAUUCUCAAGUGGAGUAUCAACUACCUGGAUGCAACUAAAGCGGGUCUUCUUACUCAUCUUUUGGGAGAUGGUGGCCCUGUCAACAUUGUGUACCAAAACUAUGAUUGGUCUAUCAAUUCCUGAGGUGCCUACAUUGUGCUGUUGUGGCACUAUUUAUUGAGAGGGAGAGAGAGUGAGCGUGGAACUGCAUUGAAUGUGAGUGAGAGAUAGAGAUAGAGUAAACGAGGAACUGCAUUGUCCAGAGGCACCUUGUACAUAAUACCCAAAAUUUGGAAGCAAUCACCUGGGGAUCUAUUGAAUCACAGGUAUUAUAAACUUUUUCUUUAAU